UGCGGGGCUGCGGGAGCGGGGCCGCGGGCAGCAUCACUCCUGCGGGAUGCCGGCGGUGGGAUGGAUGAUGUCCGCCCCGCUGCCGGCAGCGCCCGCCCUGUGAUUCCCGCCUGCCGCCGGCUCCGCUCCCAGACAAAGGCUGAGCUCAGCGCCCGCGGGCGGCUGGACCUGGGCUACCCACGGCAGCGCUCCCCAGCUUCCCCUGCACCUCCCCGCCAACACCCCGCAGACGGAUCAGAGCUCAUCUUUUGUCCCCGCAAGGAUUAACUCCCCGGGGAGCGGCGGCGGAGGCUGAGCCCACGCUGCCAGCCUGCUUCAGCACGCUCAGGAGUUUCGGAGCCAAGCUCCCGGCAGCUAAUCCCCCUCGCAGCCGGGGCUGAGGAGGAUGGGGAGAGCCGGCAGGUGAAGGGACAGCAGGGAAGAGGACGGGAGGAGUGUCACACACACACACACGGCACACGGCAGCGGAGCGGAUCGCAUCGCGUCGGAUCGGCGGCUGCGUGCGGGGAGCUCCGCAGGGACCCAGCCCGCAAUGAAACCAGCUGGAGCAUCAGGAGAGAGGAUCCGCUCGCUUGGAAAAGUCUUUAAGGAAUCGAUCGGGAGAUGCCGGUAGAAGAAGUUGCCGAAAGCCAGGCUGGAAUGGGCCGGAGCUGCGCGCCGCCGGCCCCGUCGCACAGCGGAGCAGCCGAACUUUGUGGGGUCUGAGCGUUUGUCCCCUCUGCCAACGGGAGAGCCAGCACCGCACCGCGCACCGGGAGCCUGACCGAGCCUGGGGCAGAGGCAGCGGGGGUUUCUGUCUCAACAAGGACCAUCGCCUCUGAAACAAAAAACAAAAAACAAAAAAUAAAGCUGGAGAAGGGCAAUUUAUCUUUCUUUUCCAGAUGACUGAAAAUAUCUACAGGAUCCUGUCUCUCCGGUGUUCAUCGGUGAGUAGCGUAAGGGACAGGCGGCUGAGGAACAAAAAUGAUAUCGGUCAAAAUCAUUCCAGCACCUACUUUUUCCUAAGGAACUUCAUGCCCAUAGGGGUUUUCUGCGGGCAUUUCCAGGAGUGAGGCGAGGGACCACAGAUGCAUCCCUACCGGAUCAUGUAAGAAUUUGCAAAUGAGAAACGUACCCCAUCCAGACCUUCUCUGCCCGCUUUGCAGUACAUGGUUUGGUGUAAGCACAGCAAUUCUCACCUCUUUCUCUCCCUUUUAAGUCUCUUGAGCUUGGAGACCUCUUUCCUCAUUGCAAUUAUGAUUAUUUGCAACAUCAGUGCCAUCAAAGAUUGGAGCACUUUCCUUUCCCAAAUCCUCCCCAGCGUUAACAAGACUCUGAACUUGGUACAGCAAGUGGAAGCCACCACCAGCUCGGUGGUGAGUGUCCUCCAGGACCCCGAGCAGGACAACUACCUGUCCAAUAGCCAGUCCAUGAACUCCAGCAACUUCACAGCUGGCCUGGACCACUUGUUCCAGUACUCAUACUCGGACAAUGACCAGCUCUACAAGGAGUACAAACCCCCUCCUCGAGAUGCCAUUCCUCUGCCCAAGGCUGUCCUCUACCUCCUCAUGGCAGCCCUGGUGGUGGUGGCAGUGGCGUACGCCAUCGUCGGGCAUCUCAUCAAGGACCUCAUCUACGACUUUGUAGACUGGAUCUUUGGCCCCAACCCGGAUGACAACAGCAACAAGAGCGACAUCAACUGCAUCAGCAACAGCGUCAACGAGAUGAGCGAGCUGCCCGAGGCGCCGCAGCGGCAGCACCGGGAGCGGCAGCCCCAGGACGUGGUCAUUGCCAUCAGCGAGACCUGCCACCUGCCGCAGCAAACGUGACCGGCGCCACGCCCGGGCCGGGCGGGAUGGAGCAGCGGGAUCGGCAUGGAGCGGCGGGAUGCGCAGGAGGGAUGGAGCAGCGGGAUGGAGCAGCGGAACACGGCAGCAGCCGCCCCGCAGGGCCGGGCGGGGAGAGGAUGGGACGGGCAGAGCCGGCCCUGGAGCAAAGCCCUCCUCCCCCUGGUUGUACCAGCCUCUAAGGACCUUGUGGGGGUGGGUGGCAUCACCCCUUCUCCCAGGCUUGUCAGCCCUUGGGUUUGUGACCCCCUCUUUGUUCCCUGUGAAUAGCAAAAAAGAAAAAGCAAAUGCAAAAAUACACCCACCAGACAAAGCUUGCAAGAGGAAUGA